CUUCGUACCAUCACAAGCUUUGUCCUACCCCUGUUCGCUUUUGACAUCGAUUCUUCUACGACGCUCUUAGCGACACCCUUGGCUGGGUCAGAGCACGCGCAAGAGUGCUGGCGAAGUCGUACUUGCCGCCUCGCCGACGAUGAACCUCCGCCUGGUCUGCCGCCAGUCGAACGGCGAGGAGCGCAAAGUGAUGCUCUUCGCCAGCGACUUUGGAAUGAUCAUCAGCGCAGCCGCCGAAAGACUCGACUGUACUAGCGACCAGAUCAUCCUUCAAGUCAAAGAUGGAGAUGAGCUGUGGGAGAUUGAGCAGAACUUCUGGCCUUCCUUGUCCGAGAACCAGACGCUAUAUGCGCAUGCCAAGCCCAAGAAGGCCAAGAGCGGUGGAAAGAGGAAGGCAUCCGCCAAUGGGUCGGGCUUUGUGAGCGAUUCAGCUACUUCCGCCGGUGACGACUCUCUCAGAAGACCUGCACCACGAAAGAGAAAAAGCACAAGCAAGUCAGUGCCUGUCGGUAGAAAUGCUGCCAUCGCGGCAAACAACACGCCGACAGGGUCGAAUGGUUCCUCCGCCGGACCUUCUGCCUCUGCUUCUGUCCAAGUCGACAAUACUCAACCUUCAGGAGAUGCAUGGGCUCCCCUCCAGCCUACAGCUAUAUCUUCUUCCAACAGAAGGUGGGAUGCAAAAGCUGAUGCUAUACUGUGGGACAGGCUUCGCAAGACUGUGGAGAAGAAGCCGAAAUCCGCAUACACGGUCGCCGAAAGGAUGGCAGUCUUCGAAGAAAUUCUGGGGGAGCACGGUACACAUGGGACGGUCUCAAGAGCCCUGGCAGGACGCAACGCUUCGGCCCUCAACGCAAGAGCUGGCAAAAAGAUACAAGCUGCUGUACAGAUGGGCUUUCCUCUGCCUUAUGGCUUGCGGGAGCUGUAUGUCAGACCCAAGAAUGACCCUGCUCAAAAGUCUCGCUCGCCAUCUGCACGUCAGGGAGGAAGGGAGAGCGGAGGAGAGGGAAAUGCAGGUGCUAAUAGCGCACGUAGUACAUCGCGCAGAGACUCUUUCGUCAUUGUAGACGAUUCCAGCGCACAGUCUGAUGGUGAUGAUGAAGACUCGGACGCUGCCGCACCGUGGCAGAUGUCCCCGCACUCACGACGCAGCAGUCGUCUACCCGUUGGCGAUGACUCGACCUCCAGCGGCACGGACUUAGGGUCAGGUGACCAGCGACGAUUCAGAGACUCAAGACUUCAGACACCACCCUUGCCGACCUUUGCUGGGAGCGCCGCCAGUCGGAAGCGCUGGCCUGCCCAAUCGGCUGCGCCAUCAGCUACCUCUCCACAAGCAAUAGCAAGCACAUCUCUUCCCCUACCGCCAGCGUCACUCCCACCCCGACCUUCGCAAGCAAGCGACGCACCACCGCCGCCACAGGCUCGGUCUACGAGGCAGCAGCCGCCUCGAAGGCGUCCCAAUGGGAAUGCCGCUAUACCACCUUCACCAAGUAAUGGAGCCCUGCAAGCAUCAGGAUCAAACGCGACGCCACUCUCGUCACGCACAACAGCUGCAGUCGGCCAAAGGGCGCCUCCAGCAAGCACUGAGCCCCCGCUCUUCUUGGCUGAGGAAAAUGCUCGUCUGACACAGGCUGCACAGGCCGCCAUCAACCCUUUUCUGGCGUCGAGAGUCGUACGUGAGUCUGCUGCCGUACCGACUCCACCGCCAGCCGAAAGCUCUGUUCAGCAAGCCGUUCAGGCAGAGAAUCGGCGUCACCUUACAUGGCCUGCAUCAUCGCAAGGCUCUGCACCUCAGUCAGCAAGUACAAGUGUUAAAAGUGAGAAGACUGAUGAGGAGGACGAGUUGGAUGGAUCUGAUGCGCAAGAGAGCGGCGAAGAGGCGUCCGAUACGGAAGAAAGGCAGGUAGACGCCCAUCUAGCCCGCGGUAGUGACAGGCUACCUUCUGUGAACCGGCCACCUUUACCUUUUGGAUUACUCAAAGGCGCCUCGCCAGCAGAUGUCGAUCUUUUACAUAUGACGCUGAGUGAAGAGUGGGAAGAGACUCGUCAGCACGCUCGUGCGAUCAUCAGGUCCUCGAUCCCACGCAAGAAGAGCCUUGAAAUAGGGGAUAUCGACUUCGCUCUCGCCGCCUCGAAGUUGGUGGACUUCAUGGAGAAACAGUUGGACAUGAGCAGCCCUUCCGGGAUUCGAUAUAGCGUCCCUCCCCGGUCACACGAAACAUGGUAUGCUGGCCUCGCUACCUCUAUCGCUCUCGAAGUAUUCGGGGCCACGCCCCCAGAUUGGUCUGUCCGUCGAACCAGUUUUGCGGUCGCAGGCUACUACGCAGCGCUCGGCGAUCAUCACCGGAGGACGUUUGCCAAGCAGAAGAACAACAACGUCAUUAGAUUCAUGAGCUUUGCUCAGGUGAGCCAAAAGGUCUUCUGGGCAUUACGAAGCGCCGAAGACGGCAGCCGAUACCUCGAAGCAGAGGCCGAGGAUAUCAGUGCCGCUGUCGCUCUAGUGCUCAACCAAAACAGCGUCCUGGGGAGACAUCUCGCGGAUCGGCUUCGCUGGCGUCCAGCAGAGGAAAUGUUGCCACUGGUCAUGCGCUGCAAGAGCUACUUGAACAAGCUCGAGGCAAGCGUCAAAUUUGUGCAGCGCUGUCCCGAAGCACGAGAAUGGGGAGCUGUUCAGAAGGUGACGCGACGCAUGAUCCCAACAAGGUCGUGUAUCCGACACUGGCGUGAAAUCGAGCCACAGAGAUUCACUCAAGCUCAGGAUGCGCUGUUUGACCUUCAAAAAGCCCUGGAUGCUCUCCAAUCUCAAGGGAUGUAUGAUGAAACGCCUAUGGCGCAGCCCUCGGCAAAGAAAAAGUCACGCCCCCCACCACGGCGCAGAGCGUCCGUCCAGACGGGGACGAAUGCUGUUCAGCUCGUCAAGCGCGAGUGAGAGGAAGUCAAGACCGGAGCGUCGAUUACCGCGCGGUGCAUUAGUUCGAAGAGGGUGGACGAUAAGGUAGAAACCCUUUCCAUCUCACACAGACCUUUCUCGCUACGCUGGAUGUGGCGCAGUACCUCCCGUCGUUGUCUUGGGUGCCAUGCCCGGUCUCAGAAAUUCACUUGUAUACCCCACACUUUCCCCAAUCGCCGUAACGGCGUCACUAAUCAAUUGUACUUCUACU